AUGGCAGAGAUCGUCUUCAAAACCAUCUGGCAGUCGGACGAGCUGAGCCAACUCCAGAAGAGCAACCAGGAACAGAGCAGGUGCAGAGGGGACAUGCCUGGAGCCAGCCUUGAGCACGAGAGAAAGGAGAAGAAAUGGCUGUUCACCAAAAAGAAAAAGUCAGUCUCCUUCCAUGGAACUGAGUGCAAUAAGAUCAUCGACGAGGCACAGCUCUCCUGCCCUGAGCUGAGACGUUCUGCUGCCUCGACCAACGUGUCUGCCCUCAACUUAUCCUGCGAUAAGGAUUCCGACAGCGGUGAAAGUUGGGCCUCCCGGAAACUCCAGUCUCCACUUGCAGGAACAGAGGAUCUGAAAGCAUUGUGGUCGAUGAGGCAGCUCAACGGCAGCCCAUGUGCAAACUUUCUGGAGAGUAUCGAGAGGAGAGGAAAUGCUGCCAGUGUGCUGAGGGACAGCACUCAGAAACUGCAGAGAAAAAGCAAAGAUUUCGAGAAACACAUGGCUGAAGUUGAGAAUAACAUCAUGCGGCAGAAAUCGUUAACUAUCGAGGAGAAACUGAUAAACUUGUGCCAGAAGAUAAAGAAGAAUAACAUGCAGUGGCAAGACAGCCUGGUGAGGGAAUCAGAAGACAGGAUCGCCGGUACUUCCGAAUGGAAGGUUGGGAGACAGUUUGGGCCAGGCAGCCCUCAGGUGCAAACGAUGGAACAGAUUGCACGGUCAAUGAGCGACCUCAGACAAGUGCUAGCAUCCCAGCUAAAUGAGAUGAAGGUAAUGGGAAAUCCGGCCGGCACUUCCACCGGCUUUGAGGGGAAAGUUCCAAAGGAUACAUCACUUCUGGUGGAUAAUGUGAGCGAGAGCCUGGAAAACGUGGCCGACAGUUACCAAAGCAAAGCUUCCCUCCAGCAGAACGAGCUGACGACCCUGUGUCAGUUCCACGGCAAAUUCGAAGCCCUCCACCUGCAGUGGGAGCGGAUGCAGCAGGAACAUCAACGCACCACCCAGAUGCUGCGAGAAUUGAAGAAGGAGAUAGACAGCAUCGCCAACACCUCGAAGAAGAUGUUUUCAGCAUUUGACCAGAUCCAGAAAAACAUCCACAACCUGGGCCACAUCAAGCCGCUGAUCGAAAACAUCCAGAAGCUUCUGGAGAGGAGAAAAAGCCAAAGGAAUACCAAGCCAGGAUACUUAAGCUUCACCAACCAGGGAGAGGUGCUGCAGCAACUGGUGGACCAGGCUGUACUGCCCCUGGUGGAGAGGAUCCGCCGGUGUCAACGGAUCACUGGCUGCAGCGAGUGCAGUGGGAAAAGCAAACACAAAUUGAUAGUUCCCUGA